AUGCUCAAGGCCGGAUAUGCAGCCGAGCUCAUAUCGAUCCUCGUGCUGGGCCUGUCCAAGGUCUCAACAUGCCUUUUCUAUGAAGCGCUUUUCUCACAGACGCAGCGCCAUCUGGCACGAGGCAUUUUGGCUGCCGUGGUUAUAUGGAUCAUCGUUUCCACCGUACUGUUGGCGGUGCGCUGCACCUCUAGUCCGUGGGCUGAUAUCAGUGUAGCUCGAUGUAGCAGUUUGGUAUGGCGCCUGCGACAUGGAUCGUCAAAUUGGCUGAGCUCAGAACUAAUAUGGUCUACUCAGUUCCCGCGAUGGCAGGCCAUCACGGCACUCGACAUCUCCACAGAAGUCUUCCUCUUCCUAUACUCCGGGAUGGCAGUGCACAGAGUCAAGAUCUCAAUGCGCAAAAAGCUCAUGGUCUUCCUCGCCCUCGAAAGCAGGGUAUUACUCAUUCCUCUGUCCGGUCUCCGUCUCCACUUCAUACACUCGCAGAUCACAUCGGCCAACCCCGUACUCAUCGGCGCUUUCGCAACCGUAACUACAGAAAUGUACCUCGCAACAAGCGUGCUGUGCCUCGUGAGCGCGUUCCUCAAAUCCUUCAUCGCAGCAUACGAAGACAGCAAUGGCAUAUCAUACACAGAUGGCAUGUCAGGAUCGAACUCGAAAUCACGAAAGGGAACAUUGAAUACAUUCACGCACCGCAGUCGCUCUCGGUCUCGGUUUUCUGCGACGGUUGAUCGGUUGCGCGGUUGGGAGCGGGAAGAGGAUCCAAUAAUUGGGUCGACUGAUGCCUCGGGCGGGUUGCAGAUCUAUAGGACUGUACAAGUCGAUGUUAGUGAUGAACCGAUUGAGUUGACGGAGGCCGGUAGGGCGAGAGUAUAA